UUUUUUAAGUGUUUUUGGUGAUCUAAAUUACAACUAUUUCUCCACCAGGCAAAAACAUAAUCUCUCUCACAUUUAUUUGAAAACGGCUGUUCCAUUGUGUUCUUAGUCCAUUAUCAUGUCUACCAAGUCCAAGAUCAAAGGGAUCUACAAAAGUUUCAAAUACAUUUCUCAACUCUUUGUUGUGAAGGAGAGAGAGAUGGAAAUUGGGUACCCCACAGAUGUGAAACAUGUAGCACAUAUUGGCUGGGAUGGCCCUCCUGGCAGUGGCACUGCACCAAGUUGGAUGAAUGAAUUCAAGACAGUCCCUGAAUUCACAACAACAUCAAUAGAUUUUGGACAAUCCAUGGGAUCCCAACCUGCAACAGAGAUGAUAAGGAACCUAUCAGCCAAGGACAUGCCAAAUGUUCCCAAGAAACAAAAAUGGAAAAAGAAGAGCAGUUCAUCAAAAUCUUCACUAAAGGCUACAUACACGCAACUGGGUUCAUCAACAGACUUUGAAGCUUAGAAAAUCAUCAUCAUGCAGCAUUGUGGAUUUUGACUUUCAAACAACUGAUUCAAGGUAUAUUCAUGGAGAUAACAAAGUAAGUUGUAGGAACUUAAAAAGCAAAUGCUUGUGUAAAUUAGAUUUUCAUAUGUUGAUUUUAUGAACAUAAGGAAUGAUUAUGGUCCAAAAAGGGUAUGAAGAUAUUUUGGCUUAGGGAAUAAAAUUUUAUUAAUAUCGAA